AUGGUGGUUUUUCUGUCCAACAGCGGCGGUGCGGAGUCGCAGUGACUGGGAGGCAGCUGAGAAUGUGGGAUUUGUUGCACACAGACCGCUAUUUUUGGGACUGUAACGAGGAGCUGGACAUAAGGUACACAAGUGGACCGUGAUCAGUGAAGUAUAAUAGCGUAUACUCUGGCUUCUUCCUCCCUGCUGGUGGUGUUCGGACCGCUGCUCCUGGAGGCUCCGUGCAAGGGCAAAAAGCCAAUGGACCGCGUUUAGUCCCUGGCUUCAAACCCCCAAGAACUCAUCCGUGGUAACAAUUGAUACAAUGCGGUGAAGCAGUGGGCCUCUGGACGUUUCACCUCUGGGUUAAAUGUGCUUGCCCCAUCCUCACCCCUUACGCCGACGACUAUGGUCUGAAAUCGCGGCGGAGGUGAACGGCUCUCAACCUGCCAAGACAAUUAAUUAAUUAAAUGAUACAGGAUACCAUGACCCUGCUGUCUUUGUUAGGUCGGAUAAUGCGUUAUUUUCUGCUCAGACCGGAGACUUUGUUUUUGCUGUGCGUAAGUCUGGCUUUAUGGAGUUACUUCUUCCACACAGACGAAGUGAAGACUAUCGUCAAGUCGAGCCGGGAUGCGGUCAAGAUGGUCAAGGGGAAAGUGGCGGAGAUGAUGCAGAAUGAGCGGUUCGGAGGGCUGGACAUCCUCGAUGCUGAGUUCUCUAAGACAUGGGAGUUAAAGGGCAGCAACGUGGCCGUGUAUUCUAUCCAAGGCCGAAGGGAUCACAUGGAGGACAGGUUUGAGGUGCUCGCGGAUGUGGUCAACAAAAGCCAUCCGUCUAUUUUCGGCAUCUUUGAUGGUCACGGAGGCGAGGCUGCUGCUGACUUUGCCAAAGCCCAUUUGCCUGAGGCUCUGCGCCAGAUGCUGCAGGCCUAUGAGCGGGACAAAGAGCGCGACAGAGACAAGGAGAAAGAUGAGAAGGAGAGAGGGGGAACUUGCUAUGCUUCAAUAUUGGAACAGCAGAUCUUAAACUUGGAUAGAGACAUGCUAGAGAAACUGUCUUCUACUUACAAUGAAGCAGGUACAACGUGUCUAGUGGCUUUGUUGUCUGACAAGGAGCUGAUCGUGUCCAAUGUUGGGGACUCACGGGGAGUUCUGUGUGAUAAAAAUGGUAAUGCCAUUCCUCUGUCACAUGACCACAAGCCUUACCAGCUCAAAGAACGCAAAAGGAUUAAGAAGGCUGGUGGCUUUAUAAGUUUCAAUGGCUCUUGGCGUGUUCAAGGCAUCCUGGCCAUGUCACGCUCACUGGGAGACUACCCCUUGAAGAAUCUCAAUGUUGUUGUCCCAGAUCCCGACAUCAUGUCCUUUGACCUGGACAAGCUUCAACCUGAGUUUAUGAUCCUGGCGUCAGACGGCCUGUGGGACACCUUCAGCAAUGAGGAGGCUGUGCGUUUUAUCAGGGAUCGACUGGACGAGCCACAUUUUGGUGCCAAGAGCAUUGUCCUGCAGUCCUUCUAUAGAGGCUGCCCUGACAACAUCACUGUUAUGGUUGUCAAGUUUAAAGGCAAGUCUACUGAGAAGUAGACCUGUGUAGAAGGAGAGGUAAGAAUGGUAACCUCAUUCAAACAAAAGGUACAAGCCCUUUUUAUGUCAAAUGUUGAAAUGAUCACUUUGCAAACAUGUUAAUGUAAGUUGGCCAAUUCUUUCAUUGUUAUGAUACAGUUUUGAGAGUAUAUUUGUGCUUAAAAUAUUUUAAGUGAGAGAAAAAAUAGAAGAAUAUUAUUUUUUGUCCAUUAGUAACAAUAAAUUGUCAUUUUUAAAUAUUUUUUUCAACUGGAUUGAGAGAGUUCUUUUUUCUAUGAAAACAUAUUUUGCAUUUUAAUGUAAUUCAGUAGUUCAUUUUGACACUGACACACAUAUCAAGUUUAACUGCUGUUUAAGUUGCUGAUGACUAUCUCGCCAUAAUUGUGCAGGCUUGUUUAUUUCCCUUCAUUACAGUGAAAUAAUAAUAUGCAUAUUUAUAAGUAUGCAUAUUCUUGUUGUACAGCAAUAGAAGCAUUGGCAUUGAUAACACUUUGUAUGCCUUUUUUGAUGAUUGUAAUUGAAAUGCAUUUGUUUGUAAGCAAAGAUGAAUAUGCCACUUGUGCAAAAGUGUAUAUAAAUCUGUUCAAUACUGUGACAAAUCAUGCACAACUGUAAAUGUAAAUGAGUCAUCCCUGUCUGAAGGUUUUGAUUGAUUAUAUAACAUAAAAACAUUAAAUCUUAACAUUGCAAAUGUUAGCCUUGAAUGGUAGAUAUUUUAAUGCCUUAAUUUUCAUGUCUCCAUACUGUGCUGCCAAGACCAUGUCAUGCUCUUCUGAUUUAAUACUAUCGUUGGUGGUAUAAAGCAAAUCAGACCACCUCAAAGUUUAAAAAUUGUGCAUUUUGUUUUUUGUAAAUAAAAAGAGCAACGUAUAGCUGUUCAUAUAAAUUUGUUGAAAAUGUAUGUUCAGAAUAAAUAUGAGACACUUGAAUUUGUAGUUUUUGUUAUCAUUAAUUAAAAGCCAAUCAUGAAGUGCAAUUUCAGUACAGAAAAUCACUGCAUUUGGAUGACUGCAAUUUUAUUAUUAUUACAUUUACUCAUUGUUGCUGUAAAUACAUCAUUAUUGGUUGCUACUGCUCACUGCCCUUUAUGUAAAAAGCGCACCAUACAAUAAACAUAUAUUUGCCCAAAAAAGUCU